UGCACUCGCGAUCAAGCGAUCCAUCGAUCCCGAUGGCCUCCGGUGUCACUCCCUCUUUUUUCGCUUCUCCUCCGCUCGUGCUCUCUCGAGGUACCUUCCCUUUCGAUCUUUGGUCCUCACUACCAUCCGGUUAAGAUCGGCAAGGUUUACUAAGACAGCACACGUCUUCUGAAACUUCAGUACAAAACGCGCGCUCGAACUCGAAAGAUCUUGAAGUCUCCUUCACUCGAUGAAGAGAGAGAAACAGAGAGGGUGAAAAAAUCUGAGAAAGGAAAACCCGAUUAACUCAUGCAGAUUAAUUCUCGAUGCAAUGCUCAACAGUUCAAAUGUGAUUUCAUUUCGGUCCUCAAAAUUUGACUGUGGUUUACCGCAAUUUUAGUGUUUGUUUAAUCAGGGGGUGAGAAGCGCGCAAUAUGUGGGGCCGAAAAAUUCUUCUAGUGUUAUUCGCGCUUACAGCGCUCGGAAUAACGACGAAAUGUCCGAAAAGGAAAACGUCACCUAUCAGAGAAAUUUUCUGUUACACUUCCACCUUCAACGUGCAGUUGCUAGCUGACUCCGUAUGCAGCUGCACCACUUUGGUGCAUCAAAAUCAUGAUGUGCGAAAUCUCUCUAUUUCCGACAUUACUGAUUUGCGGAAAUCCUUGAAAGAGAUGCAUCCUUCCCUCCAGUUUAUAAUUUCUAUAUUUGAUCCCGCAAAAACACUCGUAAGUUCCGCGAUGAUACGACAAGAAGCUCUCGCUCGGAUUCUUGCUGUCAUAAAAGAGGUAGACGGUGUGGAGAUGAAUAUAACGGCGGGUUCUAAGGAACGUCUUUAUAAUUUUGUAAAAAGUUUGAAAGACGAAAUGAUCCGAAAGUCUUACGACAAGAGGAUUUUCCUAUCAUUGCCUACUAAAUCAGGAGACAUAGCCAAACAGUUUGACCUUAAAAAACUUGUAAAGUAUAUUGAUAUAUUUACGCUGCCAACGGACUACAUGACAGACGAAGACAGUGCUUUUGUCACCUUUCACCCUUCGCGUUUGAUGGGACUGUUCGAUAUGCUCAACCCAGACAGUUUGAUAGACCUGAUAAGUGGAUUGGGAGUACCUAAGCAGAAGAUUUUAAUGACUUUACCGGCCAAUGCAUACAAAUUUGCUUUGAAAUACAAAGACGAAAACGCUCCUAGAUCGGAAACUUCGGAAAAAGAGCCUGUACCGAUCGAUCGUAAACAGCUUUGUAAAACUUUGAAAAACGGAAACUGGACCGUUGAACGAGAUGAAGAUCUUACGGCACCAUACACAUUUCAAAACAAAACAUGGAUUGCUUUCGAGGAUAAAAUUUCAGUUGGAAUAAAGGGAAAAUAUGUGUUGUUGCGGGAUUUGGCAGGAUUGGGAGUGCGACAUAUAGAAAACGAUACGAAGACCGAAUGCGAAACUCCGCUCACGCAAGAAAUUUUUCAUUCCUUCACGGAGUUCAACAGAAAAACGAGGCAAGCUGUGCUCAGUGCGCUGGAAGAUGAACUUCAUCAAACUCAGUUUUCGUAUCCGAAUCAAGCGACAACGUCUAGCUUUCGUGUUGUUCGUGUAGUAGAUACGCAGGGGCAUAUCCGAGCUGUACGCGAGAGCACACAAACCGAGUUUGUUUGUAGGAGACAAGGCUACUUUGUUCAUCCUAAGAGUUGUAAUAGAUUCUAUCGUUGCGUGAAGUUUAAUCAAGAGGUGGAAAAUUAUUCCGUUUUCGAAUUCGAUUGUCCGGCCGGCUUGUCGUUUGACGAGCGCACAGAAGUUUGUGUUUGGCCUGGCUCUUUGCCUCAAGGUUCACCGUGUCCUGGUAGCAGCGAGAUUGCUCCCGUUGCUCCAAAGAGAUUCGAAUGUUCUAAAUCUGGUUACUAUGCGGAUCCACAAAACUGCCGAUGGUUCUUUUCUUGCAUGGAUUUAGGUGGACCGGAAUUAAUGGCGUUUGAAUUUCGCUGUCCGUACGGUUUGGUUUUUGAUGAGCAAAAAUUAGUAUGCGAAUGGCCCUGGUUGGUUCCAGCUUGCUCAGAGUCCGGAUCGGCUUACACUAGAACAGAAUACGAUUACAGAGGACAUUCAGCAGGCACUUCUCCCGGAUUCGGUGGCGGUAGUUACGUAACUGGUAGUCUACCGGAAUAUUCUGUCACAGGUGGAACUGAUUACUCCAACGUAGACUAUUCUAAAACUACCAAUACCGGUAUCCAUGGAGUAAAUUACUUCGGAUCCACCGCAGGACACAUCGGUGGACACACUGGCACUUCAGAUUCUGUAGGAUUAUCUCAUGGUCAAGCUAGUGUUGAUUAUACUCAAUCAUCUGGAUACAGAGGAUCCUCUAUACCGACAUACUACGGAUCAUCUGACAUUGGUUCGGUAUCUCCUAGUAUAAUCAGUGGAGGACAAAGUAACACGAGAUAUUCAACAUCGAGUGACAAAGUUAACAGUGGACAUACUAUAUCCACUCAUCAAAUUGGCACAGGAUAUGCAAACACUGGAUCACUGGGAGGAAUUGUUACGGGUUUCUCUGGAUCAACGGUUCAAGACUAUUCCGGAAGUACUAACGGAAGUCAUCAUUUCUUGGGCGAACACGUAACUUAUUCAGGGGCACCUGUAUCGGAUUAUUCUAGUCCUGGAGGAGGAUACACAGGAUACACAGGAAGCGUCGGUGUAACUAAUUCAAUAGUAGAUACGGCUAGUCAUUUAAAACCAGGAACAAACUAUUUCGGAUCUACAGGACAGUCCGGAUCAUCUGUCGGUGUCUACGCAGGAUCUACUCCUAAGUAUUCUGAUUCGAGUUUAUACAAAGGUUCCGACGUAUUUAACGUCGGCGGUCAUUCAACUUCUAAUGUCUACUCGGGAGCGACCGAACGUCGGCCAUCGCAUGGUGCAACAUUUGGAGUUAACUCUUAUCCUGGAACUAUCGGCGGUAUUGAUUUUACCGGAUCGAUUAAUAAAGAAUACACAGGAUCGAAUACGCAAGUAUAUGGAGAUACAAGCGGUGCAGGAUAUUCUAAAACUGCGGGCGCAGGUAGUUCUACUGGAUUUGGUGUAAAUUUGUCAACUAACACUGGAAUACAUUCAACACUGCACAGUUCGACAAGCUCAGAUCGAGUCACGGGAACUGAUUUCAUCAGUGGCUCUUCAAAAUACGGAUUAACUUCAGGAAUUUCCACUAUCUCAGGUCAUAGUGGUAGUGCGACUGCUGACAGCGAUCAUUUUAUAAGCGGUAGUACAGCAUCUUCGGGAACAACAAAUACAGGAAUAAGAUAUAACAAUGAGGAUGGAUAUACAAUUCCGGUAUUUAUACAACAUGGAGAACCGAUCUAUCCCUUACCUGGAACUGGAGUGAGAGAUCAUACUGGAACGACUGGAGCAGGUGGAAUCAGCGUAACAAAUGCGAGACCUAAUUUUAAUAUCAGUAUUUUUGGCAAUGAAAUCCCUACUGGCUACAAUAUUCAGAAAGGAACUACUAAUACAAUUUUGACUGGAAGUAGUAUACAAGAAGGUAUUUUUACCGGCGACUCUUAUACGGGAACUGCUUUUAGUCACGGAAACAUUCCUGGAGCAGUGUCAAAUCCUUCUGUUAAUCAAGGUGCUGUUUUAACCGGAGGAACUCAACCCGGCUAUGUUGUGACUUCUUCCGGAACAUCUGGAUAUGUUACUGGAGACGGAGUGAAGACUGUAGAUGGCGGAUCAGCUAGUUUAGGAACAUUAACAUAUGGGACACCAACGCCUGCAAUUUCAUUAACAGGUCCGUCAACACCCGGCACCGUUUUGAAACAUGAUAUCACCCCGGGUGUUAUUAUUUCUGGACAAACUGCUCCUGGAAUAUCUGUAGGAUAUUCUACUCAACCAGGAAUUAUUAAGAGUUCAACUGGUCCACAAUCAACCUAUCACGGUAUUGGCGGUAUCAAUACUGUUACGGGAGGAUCAGUAACUUCAAACAACAUUCAGAGUGGAGGAGUACUGUCUACGAAUCUUCGAGAUUAUAAAACCGAUGAGGGUCAUAGCACUGCUACAUUUAAUGUCGCUUACGAUACCAACAAGUAUUUGGAAAAAGAUAUUCCAGACUAUAGACCAACUAGUGCAACUCUUCCCGAUAUUAUCGUACCUGGAGGUAGGAUAGAAGGUGGUGGAGGUGUUGUUAGUUCUACUUUAGCUCCAGAUCGUGUCGCUACUGCAGUGUCAGGAUAUUCUCCGACCAAAUCGGCUGUCUUUACUCCAAGUGGAUUUACGAAGACCGGUCCAACUAGAACAGGUAUAACCACUGCUAUUCUCGGAGGUGGUGGCAGCUAUUCUAUAAGCACAGGUGAUCGUCGGCCUACUUUCAAUCCCGAAAAUAUCAGUGAGAAAGCAUUCGAAGGAAAUGUUGCUGGAUAUACUAAGACAUCAUCUAUUAAUAAUGCUGCUGGCAGUGUAUCCGCUACUUUGACACCAACCAGUUAUUCCUCAACAGUUGCGCCAGGUGGUAGCGUCUCACAAUCAGUUCCUUCUGGAUAUUCGUAUCCCAAGCCAACUGUUCAAUUGGGAACCAGUGGUGUAACAUUCCCUUCAUCGUCGAUUUCACCGAUUAGAGAUUAUUCACCGGUUACGACGCCAACGCCAUUUGGAAAAAUCGACGGAUCAUCGGAUAAUGUGUUCGGAUUUAAGAUACCUACUGUGUCAACUGACCGCCGCGUACCAAUAUCGACGAUCACGCCUACGAUUUAUACCACCAAAUAUCCAGACACUUAUAAAUCGACCCUUUAUGAAGCAGCCAUCCCGUCAACCGUAUCGACCGUCAAGCCUCUUAUUGACACCGAUUACAAAACUGUAGUUUCCACGAAUAUUCCGGUAUCAAUAUCGACCGAUGAUCGCUUCAUUCAACAAACUGACAUUUCGCAAACUGGUUCGAUAGCCACGUCUAGUAUCGGUGUUGGAAAAGUACCUUCCCAACGUCCUGUUUUCUCGACGGUUUCGACCGGCCAGAAAGACUACACUUCUUUUACUUCACGUCCAAUAAGCUCAGAAUAUCUUCCUGCAAAACCGAGUAAGUCCGGUACGGCCACUUCUACCACGAAGUAUGACAUACCUGCGGUGACUCAGCAACCAGAGCUCGGAGUAACGUACAAGAAACCAUCAUCAGUUCAUGAAGGUCCUUUUUCGGUCAUAUUGCCUACUACGUUCAGACCUUCCGAUGUGUAUUAUCCUGAUCAAGGAUUUACAUCCCCGUCUUCCGUAGAAACCACUCCAAGCGGUGGUUCUCCGAUAAACUUGGAUAUUACGAGAGACAAAAUUGACAAGUUAAUUACUAAUUACGACAGAGGCACUGUCAAAUACACGCCGAGCGUGUACGAUGACUUUACAAGCUCAGGAUUUGAUUCAACCAAGACCUUCUCCUCGUCAUCAUCGUCACCCUCGAAGUCUUCGUUUUCUGUGAAAACCGGCGGCACUCUUGGCGUUACAACACCUAGUUUCAGUCCGAUAUUGUCGUAUGAAGUCACCACGAAGUCUCCCGAAGGCAAGGGCAAAGUUAUCGUCAAAUGGAGCGAUCUUCAUCCACUUCUUCUAGGCAAACUCGGAGCGGAGUGCACGUGCAAAGCUGAUCCUUUUGCUACUCUUCGAGGUCCGAUAAGAAAGUUAAUUGAUUCUUCGAGAGGAAAAGUGGAUCUAGCCAACUACGACGAGUCUGAAAUCUACGUCGAUCUUGAGAACGACAGUGGUUCCAAAGAGAACGAUUAUAUUACUGAUUAUGGUCAUUCAUCGCCGCAGCCGUAUAAGCUUAGUCCGCUUAAGACGACAAGCGUCACGACGGGCUCAACGAAACUGCCAUCGUCGUCUUAUUUAUCUGUGCCUUCAACGACUCUUAGUUCGAGAUAUUUCGAUAUUUCUACUGGAACAUUCGGAAAAGCUGAUGAAGAAUCUUCUAGAUUGCAGAUUGAUGUUCGAACUGGCAAGAAAUUAACAGACAUUAAUACUUCACUGAGCACUUCUGAUGAAAGAAGAGAAGAAGAAGAUGAUGAUCCUGAUCAAAUUAUUGACGGUGCGACCAAUUGCGCCAGACCAGGUCUUUUCAGACACCCAAGUCUCUGUAACAAGUUUUACGCUUGCCAUUGGGAUCAAUGGAAGAAGAAGUUCACACUCCACAUCUUUAAUUGUCCAAUUCAUCUGACAUUCGAUUCAAGUGCGAGCGCAUGCAAUUGGCCGAGUAAAGGCCCAACUUGCCAAGCCGACAAUUUAUUAGUUUGAACUUGUUAGACACUUAUUAUCGCUCAAUAUCUCAGCGCGCCUUUUUUAUAUUUACAUAACAUUAAUUUUUUUAAUCUCUUGUAUAUAACAACAAACAAUAAAUUAAUGUUCUUCUUGUUUUUAAAAUUUGCGGCUUAAAAAUGAAUUUUUACUCAAACAAUGAGAUGUUGCAAGUAAUUCUUAAACGAGAGAUCUACUUUUACUUUCACGCAAACCGGUUUCUCGGUCUUGGAGAUCGAUUGAUACUUUUGUUUUGAGUUGAUCUUGAAACCCAAAUUCUUUUUCCAUUUGCAUUGAAUAGCACUGAUCAAGAAACACAGUAGUACCUCGCGCCAACGAAGUCGCGCUCGAACGGCGCGAGGCACUCGUUCCUCUUGUACGCGAAAUUCAUGCGAUUGAGAAGUGAAAAAAUUUUCAUGGAUCAAUAUCUCAAGAAUGAUUAAACCGAUCAAUUUUUUACGUUUUUAAAGACACGUGAUUACAGUAAAGUCACGUGUUGUUUUUCCUCUUCUUUCUGUCACGCGAUUUUGCUUUAAUCGCGUUUUUCAAGACACGUGACACGUGACUGAAGUGAAGUCACGUUACUUUAAUCACGUGUUGUUUUUUACUCCACCUUUUCUCUAUUUUUCGAGUUUGAUUUCUAUGCGUUAUUUCUGACACUUCUCAUAAGUGUAUUAUAUGGUUUGUAAAUAUCACAUCGCAAUGAAUUCUUUAGUGUCGUGGAGUAAAAUUGUGGAAAAGUUUACGUUUGUUGAGACGUAAGGUGGAGGCCAAAUUCAAGGUAAUCAAGUUGCGGACUGUGGGAAAGCGUUGGCAAAGUGAAAGUACUUCGCGUUUAUCGAAACUGCAAAAACAAAAAAACAAAAAAUUGUCGAUCAUCAUCAACGUGUGCGUAUAUAUAUUUUUGUACGUGAUAAAAUUUAUAUACAUAUAUGUAAAUAUAUUAAGUAAAAUUUCUAAAAAUUAUGAAACACAUUAGUUGCGUGAAAAGCGUAAGAAAAAUAUCAAGCUAUGUGCUUUCUUAAUGUAUAUGUAUAUAAUAUUAUAUACAUAUUACAUACAUGUUUGUUUUAAUUGCUUAUCAUUUUUUUCGUAAUGAUAUCCAAACAUAUAAAAUAUUAUUUAUUCGUCAUUUAUAAAGAAAGUUUAGCGAUAAGUAGUCAGUAUAUAUAACGUUAGUUCUCAUUUUUUCUUACAAGU